UCCAGUCCCAUGUCAGCACCUUGACUCCAGAGUGUCACCCCUGGCAGCUCUCAGAGCAGGAGCUGAAGGAUGCUGGGCGGGAGGAGAACUGCCUGAGCCUGCAGCAUGCCAGCGUGUGCCCCCGGGCACUGCAGCACGGCCAGGUGCAGUCAGACUAUGAGCACCUCCGAGAAGCCCUGCUCAGCGUGACCCAAGGACGAGAUUUGGCUCUGAGGGGAAAACACCAGCUCCAAGCCAAGCUGGAGAACUUAGAGCAGGUCCUAAAGCACAUGCGAGAGGCUGCGGAGCGGCGGCAACAGCUGGAGCUGGAGCAUGAGCAGGCGCUGGCUGUCCUCAACGCCAAACAGCAGGAGAUCGAGCUGCUGCAGAAGGCUCAGGUUGAAGCUAAGAAGGAACAUGAAGGAGCAGUUCAGUUGCUAGAGGCCAAGGUGCGGGAGCUGGAGCAGAAAUGCCGGACGCAGAGCGAGCAGUUUAAGCUGCUGUCGCGGGAGCUGGAGCGGUUCCGGCAGCAGGCGGGCACCAUCGAGCUCCUGGGCACCUCCUCCUCCUCCUCCUCCUCCUCGCUGGCCCCCCCGGGGCACCCCGGGAAAUCCCUGGCCCAGCUGAUGAACGGCAUCGCCACCUCCAUAGGCAAAGGCCAUGACAGCCCCUCUGGAAGUCGCUGUGUGAUCUCAGAGUUCAUCAGGCCCCUCCAGAUCUCCGCAGACAAACCAGAGCAGCUCUCUGUCAAACCCACCUUCCUGCCCAAGGCAAGAUCUGGCACCCCAAGAUGCAGAUUUGAUUCAGACAUGGAUAAUGAUCAGAACUCCAAUACCUCAAAGCAGAGAUAUUCUGGGAAAGUCCAUCUUUGCAUUGCCCGUUACAGCUACAACCCCUUCGAUGGACCCAACGAGAACCCAGAGGCGGAGCUCCCUCUCACGGCAGGAAAGUACCUCUAUGUGUACGGGGACAUGGACGAGGAUGGCUUCUACGAAGGAGAGCUGCUGGAUGGACAGAGAGGACUGGUCCCUUCGAACUUUGUGGAUUUUGUUCAGGACAACGAGGCGCGGCUGUCGAGCGUUGAGGACCAGAACCUGCUGAACCGCGCGGGGGCCGCCCUGGAGGGAGAGCUGGAGCUCAGCCCCCCGAGCCAGCUGGACUCCAGCAGCGUGCUCAGCAACGGCGCGGGCACGCUGGACGUCAACAUCGACGAGAUCGGAGAAGACAUUGUGCCUUACCCCAGGAAAAUCACCCUCAUCAAGCAGCUCGCCAAAAGUGUCAUUGUGGGCUGGGAGCCGCCCCUGGUGCCGCCCGGCUGGGGAACCGUCAGCAGCUACAACGUGCUGGUGGACAAGGAGGUCAGGAUGAACAUCGCCCUGGGCAGCAGGACCAAAGCCCUGAUAGAGAAGCUCAACACCUCCACCUGCACCUACAGGAUAUCCAUCCAGAGCAUCACCAGCAAGGGCAGCUCCGACGAGCUGCAGUGCACCUUGCUGGUGGGCAAGGACGUCAUCGUGGCCCCCUCCAACCUCCGCGUGGACAACAUCACCCAGAUCUCUGCCGAGCUCUCCUGGCUCCCCACAAACAGCAACUACAGCCACGUCAUCUUCCUGAACGAGGAGGAGUUUGACAUUGUCAAGGCUGCUAGCUACAAGUACCAUUUUUUUAAUUUGAAGCCCAAUAUGGCCUACAAGGUGAAGGUCAUGGCAAAGCCCCACCAGAUGCCCUGGCAGCUUCCCUUGGAGCAACGAGAGAAGAAGGAAGCCUUUGUGGAAUUUUCUACAUUGCCAGCAGGUCCUCCAGCCCCCCCCCAGGAGGUGUCUGUGCGGGCAGGCAGCGCGCCAGGGACCCUCCAGGUGUGCUGGAAGCCCCCGGCUCUGUCGGCCACGGGCACGUCCCACGGCGCCAGCGUCACUGGUUACGGGGUCUAUGCCAAAGGGCAGCGGGUGGCCGAGGUGGCACUGCCAGCCGCGGAGGGCGCGGCGCUGGAGCUGCCCCGGCUGCGCGCCCUGGACGCCCGCGAGCUCACCGUGCGGACGCUCUCCGCGCAGGGCGAGUCCCUGGACUCCGCUCCCGCUGCCAUCCCCCCCGACCUCCUGGUGCCUCCAGCCCCCCAGCCCAGGACUGCUCCCAAAUCUAAGCCAUUAGCAAGUGCCGGAGCCCCAGAAACCAAAGAAGAACAUUUCGGCCCGCAUUUCCAACGGGAUGAGUCCUGGGAGCAGACUCGCUCGCUGUCCCCCGGGCACGGACACAUGCUGGAGCCACCCACCUUCCACGGCCACCUCCAGGGCAGGAGGUCUCCGUCCCCCAACAGAAUCCUGCCCCAGCCCCAAGGCACUCCGGUCCCCAACACCGUCGCAAAAGCCAUGGCAAGAGAAGCUGCACAGAGGGUGGCAGAGAGCCACAGGAUGGAGAGGAGGAGCGUUUUCAGCGAGAGGAGCAGCGCAGCCCCGUACUCGGACGAGGAGGAGGAGGAUGGCUACGACUCCCCCAGGGUGAAGCGCAGGGGAGCCUCGGUGGAUGAUUUCCUGAAGGAGUCCGAGCUCGGGAAGCAGGCUCACUACUGCCUGGGGGACGAGUACCACACCGAGAGCAGCCGGGGCUCGGACCUGUCCGACAUCCUGGAGGAGGAUGAGGAGGAGCUCUACUCCGAGAUGCAGCUGGAGGAGGGCGGCCGGCGGCGCCUGAGCCUCGGCUCGCACGGCGCGCUCAAGGAGUACGAUAAGAAUAAGACCACUGAAGCCACUUUUGUGGAACAGCCUGGCUUUCCCCAGCAGACACGGCACAGUAAAAGGCUUUUCAGUAUCCCAGAAGUGGCUGAAGAGGACGGUGAAUACCCUGAAGUGCUGUACAAGCAGGGUUUAGGUAUGCCCUAUAGAAAGAACCCCAGAAUAGCUAGAGGCCCCAGAGCUCGCAGGCCCUGCUGCCAUCAAGAGCAGCAGCCCAGGGCCAGGGCAGUGCCGGGGCUGCAGGAGCUGGAGGAGAGAGGGGGCAAAGGCAGCCAGGGCCUGUCCCGCAGCCCCGACAGCGGGCUGGACUGCGGCAGCGAGGAGGAGGAGCCCCGGCACAGCGCCAGAGCCCCGUGGGGCAGCGAUGAAGAGCAGCCCUGGUUCGGUGCCAGAGCCCAGUGGGGCAGCGAUGAAGAGCAGCCCUGGUUCGGUGGCAGACACAGGAGUGGCAGUGAGGAAGAGGAGUCCCGGCACAGUUUUAGACACAGGAGUGGCAGCAAUGAAGAGCAGCCCUGGUUUGGUGGCAGACACAGGAGUGGCAGUGAGGAAGAGCAGUCCUGGUUUGGUGGCAGACCCCAAAGGAGCAGUGAUGAAGAGUGGUCCCAGCACAGUUUCAGAGCCCAGCGGGGCAGUGAGGAAGAGGAGCCCCGGCACUCUGUCAGAGCCCAGUGGGGCAGUGAGGAAGAGGAGCCCCGGCCCUCUGUCAGACCCCAGCGGGGCAGCGAUGAAGAGCGGUCCCGGCGCGGUGUCCGAGCCCAGCGGGGCAGUGAUGAAGGGCGGCCCCGGCUGGGUGUCAGACACAGGAGUGGCAGUGAGGAAGAGGAGCCCCGGCACUCUGUCAGACCCCAAAGGGGCAGUGAGGAAGAGGAGUUCCGGCCCAGUUUCAGACCCAGGGGUGGCAGUGAUGAAGAGCGGUCGGGGUUUGCUGUCAGAGCCCAGCGGGGCAGUGAGGAAGAGGAGCCCCGGCGCAGUUUCAGACCCAGGGGUGGCAGUGAUGAAGAGCGGUCCCAGCACAGUUUCAGACCCCAAAGGAGCAGUGAGGAAGAGGAGCCCCGUUGCAGUUUCAGACCCCAAAGGAGCAGUGAGGAAGAGGAGCCCCGUUGCAGUUUCAGACCCCAAAGGAGCAGUGAGGAAGAGGAGCCCCGUUGCAGUUUCAGACCCAGGGCUGGCAGUGAUGAAGAGCAGCCCGGGUUCGCUGCCGCAGCCCCCGCCGAGCCCUGGCCGUGCCGGAGGGGCCCCCGGCCGCUGCUGGCCCGCCGGAGGACGCUGACCCGGCAGAGCAGCAUCGAGGAGGAUGUCGGGGAGCCCGGGGAGCAGCAGCCCGGGGCUCGGCGGGGCCGCAGAGCCCAGCGGGGCUGGAGGAGCCCCCCCAGAGCAGCCGAGCCUGGGGCGGCUGCUGGCCUUGCUCAGCCAUCCCUCAGAGAUGCACAAGACUCUCUGCUUUUAGGUAACCCAGCCUCGGCAGGACGGCCUGACAGGGUGGAGCACGCAGGGCGAAGGUCCUCCCAUGGCAGUGCAGUGCCACAAAGGUCUCGGCCCCUGCUGGUCCCCUCCAUUGAUGGCUACGGUGGUCAUGACCGUCUUUCUCCAGACAUUUAUGAGGAGUCUGAAACAGAUCCUGGCACAGAAGACCUUUCUACUCGAAUAUUUGUUGCACUUUUUGACUACGACCCACUGACCAUGUCCCCCAACCCCGAUGCUGCAGAGGAGGAGCUGCCCUUUAAGGAGGGACAGAUCAUUAAGGUUUAUGGGGACAAGGAUGCUGAUGGGUUUUACCGUGGGGAAACCUGUGCACGAGUUGGCCUUAUCCCCUGUAACAUGGUCUCUGAGAUACAGGCAGAUGAUGAAGAGAUGAUGGAUCAGCUCCUUAAACAAGGUUUCCUUCCCUUGAACACUCCAAUUGAGAAAAUAGAGCGCGGGGGCCGGCGCGGGGGCCGGCAGCAGCCGCUGACCACCCGGAGGAUGGUGGCCCUCUACGACUACGACCCCAGGGAGAGCUCCCCCAACGUGGAUGUGGAGGCCGAGCUGACCUUCUGCACUGGGGACAUCAUCACUGUCUUCGGUGAGAUCGAUGAAGAUGGAUUUUACUAUGGGGAGCUCAAUGGACAGAAGGGGCUGGUUCCUUCCAACUUCCUCGAAGAAGUGCCUGACGAUGUGGAAGUGUUUCUCUCCGAGGCGCCCUCGCGCUACGCCCACGACACGCCCACGCGAGCCAAGGCCAAAAGGGUUCCUCCUGAGAAUACAGGUACCUCCCGGAGAGCACCUUCCCCCACAGUUCAUCUCCAUUCCGGGUCACCUCCGUCACCUGUGAUGGGCUCUGGUAGUCCCGGGAGAGGCAGGGAUAUGGCCUCGAAAAAGAAAAAGGGGCUGCUUUCCAAAGGCAAGAAACUGCUGAAAAAGCUUGGUGCAGUGAAAUGAGUCAUGUGCUCCUGGACAACUUGUAAAGCUUCCAGUCUGUGUACUUUUUUUUUUUUAAAGUCAAAACUAGGGCUUUCAUGACUAUGCAGUACUUUACCAGACCGAUGCAUUUUUAACUCUGACAUCAAUAGAGUCAUGCCAAUUGCUUAAUCAAAACAGCAAGGAAAAAAGGGAAAUGGAUUUGCUGUUGCAAAAACAUUUUUUAAAAAGUUAAAAAAAAAAAAAAAGUUAUGGGAUUAAGACCAGAAGAACAUGGUUUUAUUUGAAGUCAUCUCAACACCUGCAACUCCAUUGGAAAAAUCUCAGCCUUUAGUCUCCCUUAACCAUGAGUGGGGGGAGAAAACUCUUCAGAGAGAUCACCCCACUGGAUCCAAUCAUUAACAAAAAUGGUCUUGAAACUCCUAGUUGAAUCAGCCUUGAUGUUUUGCCUUAUUAAUGCACAAUGAUUUGUACUGUCGAAUAAAUAUGCAGCGUAUACUUUGUAUGUACUGUGUGUGCAGCGGUGUCCAUCCUCCCUCCUCCAGUGGUUCCAGAGGAACACUUACUGCCCCCAGCCCUGUCUGACGGACUCCUGGGAGUGUGGAAGUGCUGUGCUAAACCCUUCUCAGUUUUGCUGCCCCAGCACCAACCAAACCCUGGUUUGCCAUGCUCCCUCCAGGGGAACCAGGCCCUCUAAGUCCCUCAGAACCUCGCCCCGUUUCAGCCCCCCAGUUCUGGGGCUCCCUGUUCUAAGCUACUGGGGAAAAACAAUUGCACACCCAAACCCCUUUACUCCCCCAGUUCUUUUCUGUGGAGGCUCAGUCCCAGGUUAAAAGGCAUUUUCAUUCUGCUGCUGUCAGAUUGAGGCUAAAGUCCAUCUGCAGUAAGGACAAGGCGUAUUCCAGCCACAACCCCAAAGCCAGGCCAGUCAAACCCAACUGCAACAUUGGCAUCUCACAAAAACCAACCCUCCACCCUGAUGGCAGUCAUUGGCUGUUACUAUUUUGUAAUUCUUGUCCAUUUGUAAAUUGUUUUUACUGUUUAUACAUACUUUUCAGACUGCCUUUCUUUUUGUAAUUUACGGAAGGUUUAUAAAUGAAUGAUCAAAGCUUCCCCAUUGUGUCUUCAGAUAACAAUGUAAAUUACUGUAAAAUACUGUGUGCUAGAUGAUAACAUUUAAUUAAAGAAAGUAACUGGCCUACAUUUGUGGUAAAGUACUGUGUGGGUGUGUGCAUGUGUACAGUCGUUGUGUAUUAUAUUUUAUAUAAAUAAAUAAUUUGAUAUUUUGUA